AUGGAUGCAGCUGAGCAUGACCUCGAUGCCAAGCUCUACAAAGCAUCGGCCGUUCUUCUUGAAGAAAUCAAACACAAAGUGCCGCUUCUUUUGACUUCCCCACACAAGCCAUACAGAAAGCCACGUCUUCUCGUGCUUGACACAAAAUGUAAUGAAUUGAGGGCUUUACUUGAUCGCUUCCAAGAGUGGCCUCAGUUACUGGAUCCUUACCUCGCUAGUCUUGUGCAGAUAUUGGCAAAUGCCUUUAUUGACUAUCUUGCAAACUCCAAACAUCACUAUGGGCCUACUACAAGAAGCGGAGCUGCUACAACAUCUCCUCUUCCACGUGCAGUCUGUAGACUACUUUACACCUUCUGUAAAGUCAGGGGUUACAAGGUUAUUGUGCGAUUGUUAAACAAUGAACCCAGAUAUCUGGCCCCUAUGCUGUCUGGCUUUCGAGCCUGGAAUGACCCUGCUUCAGGUAUGACUUGGGAAGAGCGCUAUAUAAUGUUGCUGUGGUUAUCCCAUCUCAUGCUAGCCCCAUUCGAAUUGGCAAACAUGUCAAUCGAGAAGCAUGACCGCACCGAGCCUGAAUCGAGUCUAAAUUUGGGAGUUCUGCCUGGCAUAGCCUCUGAUGUCGUGCCUCUUGCAUUUUCCCAACUUCAAAGCUCGGGAAAAGAGCAACAAGCCGCGUGUAUAUUACUCGUCAGAUUGGUGCUUCGCAAAGAUAUGCAAGAACAUCUAUUACCUGCCAAAAUUAUCGACUUUGCAGUACAACAACUACUUUUUGACCAGACGCUCACCGAUGUUAGCCCCUAUCGUGCUCUUGGUCUUUUAUCACUACUUUACGGAAUUUUGAACUCUGGCUCGGACAGCGAAGUCGCCCCUUUUCUUCAACAGAUCUUACAUUGUGUCUCCAAGAUCGCAAGUGCUCACAGCGGCCAACACAAAAUUAUCAGCGAUUUCGCUCCAGCCCGAAAGCUGUUACUGAAGAUAAUGCGUGUUAUACUGACGCAUGGUAUUUCGCUGAGCCAAGCCAACGAACCCAUACCAGAAGAUGUCCUAAAUCUGAUGUUGGAAGAGGGAAUUCAAUUCUUUAUGGAUGUACUCAGCGAUAAAGAUGCUCCUGUCAGAAUGUCUGCUGCCAAAGCACUCAGCAUUAUUGCGCUCAGGUUGAAUGACGCAAUGUCAGCAGAGGUUAUUGAAGCAGUGCUCGAAUCUCUGCAAGAGAACGUACUUUUGGAAGAUUCUCGGACCCAGAAAUUGUUACCAUUCACAGAUCGUGUAAGAUCUGAGACAUCUGCGAUGAAGCGGAAUAUCAGUGCGGUCGAUCCUCUGAAAUGGCAUGGAUUGAUGCUUUCUCUCAGUCAUUUCCUGUUUCGACGUUCGCCGCCUCCUUCUAUGCUCAACGAUAUCAUCCAUGCAUUAAUCUUGGGUCUGGAAUUCGAGCAGAGGUCAUUCGUUGGCACUUCAAUUGGGGUUGGAGUGAGGGACGCCGCUUGUUUUGGUCUUUGGGCGCUCGCAAGAAAAUACAGCACGUCCGAGUUGGCAUCAGUAGACAUCUCCACCUACGCCGAAGCAAGAGCACUUGGUCUGAACGGCGAACAAAGGGUUUUGCAGUUGCUUGCCUGCAAAUUGGCCACAUCCGCGUGUUCAGAUCCUUCUGGAAACAUUAGAAGAGGCUCAUCAGCCGCACUCCAAGAGUUAAUUGGUCGACAUCCAGAUACGAUACUUAACGGAAUCGCAAUUGUCCAGACAAUAGACUAUCAUGCUGUGGCUCGUCUUUCCCGAGCAAUGAUUGAUGUGUCUGGGCACGCAGCUGAACUCGACCCAGUCUACCAUCGAGCUUUGUUUCAAGCGUCCAUCGAAUGGAGAGGUGCCCGUGCUGUGGAUGCUAACCAGAGACGUUGGUCGGCCACGAUUGUGAGAACUUUGACAAAAGGGAUGUCGCCGAAGAAUCAAUUGCAAUUUGUGCACGCUGUUCAACGUCAACUACUAGACUUGAAGGCAAUCAAUAUUGGCAGCACCGCAGGUGCCCGGCAUGGAUUACUUCUUGCUUUAUCCUCAGGAAUCGAGUCUCUCGCAGAGAAUAAUCCUUCGUCGGGUCUCCCAGGAUUUUGGUCAAUCAAUGGUUCCAAUUUCGAGCCUCGAACUUUGACAGGCAACAUUGAAGGUCGACUAUCCAGUGAUAUCGAACUAGUCAUUGAAGGAAUCUCAACCUUGAUUGCCACUAUUGCACGUUUCAUACCUGAUGAUUUCGAUGAACAAAACCAAGGCUACAUCCCGUCCGCUUGCGCCAUUCUUGCUCACUGUACUGGAUCGAGUAGAAAAGACUGGGUGGUGGAAGCCAGUUCCAACGCUAAUCUCCAGGUGAUUAAGUACCUGCCAAACGGUCAGAGUGAUGAAAUGUUGAAGACCUGGCUAAACCCUACCAACCAAGCCUCGUUCCUUUACAUGAGCAGAGGAUGGAUCAGAACGUUGAGUCUGGUUCAUGGUUGCCUCACACAAGAGGAUCGAGCCCUCGACAUACGCCGCCAGAUACUUGAGUAUUUGGUCAAGAUCAUUGAGGGUAAAUUCUGGAUUGAGACUAGAGUUGAUGCUAUGGAGGGUCUCACAUUGGUCCUCUCGGAUAUGCCACUUUCUAUACCUGAAGAUGCUACUCUCAUCACAACUGCACUCGUCACGGGAUUAACUGACUAUACAAAUGACCAAAGAGGAGAUGUUGGUUCAACACUAAGAUUGCAAACCUUGGAGGCAGUCGACGCUUUCCGCAGAACUCCCUUCACAACUCACGAAGGAGAAAAAUUAAUGGAAGAGGUGCUGCCACAUGUGGUAAAGUUGUCUGCAGAGAAGCUGAGCAGUGUUCGCUUUCGUGCUUGGAAGGUCUUAGAAGCCUCUCUUGGGACACAUUCUGUCUUUCAAAACCGCAAGACCUUUGGAUAUUUGACCGAGGUCACUUCGAUUGACUACUUCCGAAAUCUCCUUCAACUCCUGUCUCUAGACUGGGCCAGAGAAGCACUUGUGCUUGGGCUUUUCUCAUCCGCCACGGCAGGUAUUGAAGACAUUUGUCGAGCAGCAUGCAAUGCAUUCGUUACUUAUCUGCAAGAUCUGACUUCAACCACACGGCGAACUCUGGUCCACGGGAUUUCAAGCUUGGUACUGGAACAACUGGAAUUAAGGGUUGAGGAUGAAGAUCGAGCGAUUUUACCUCUAGUUGAGUUCUUGUGCUUCUUCAUUAGUCAAGAGCUGUUCUCAAACGAUCUACUGGCACCAACUGGACCUCACGAUAUACUGGCAACAAUGUCAAAACUUCAACUACCUACAUCAUCACUUCCAAGGAUCGAAGCACUCCUGAGCUUAUAUUCUCACCUUCUGACCAUCUUCCCAAUUACCUCGAACCAACAUACGCAAUGUCUGGACAAAAUGACUCGCCAGCUUUUGCACCGCUGGCCACGAGUUCGGAAUAUGGCAGCAGACCUUCUAUACCUCCACAGGCCAAGCGGCAUACUUAUGUCAUGUGAUUGGAACGGAACGAUGGCAGUGAAUAAACCCUUCGUCUUGGAUUUGAGGAAGGAGCUCGGUGUAGUGGGGAAGGCAUCAGCGGCAAAGAACUGA